ACGUGAUUCAAAGUAGCCUAAUCAGGCUGAAAAUGUGCCCAAUCUGGCAACACGGACGGCUUAUCUUAACAGCCAAGAUGAUUCCGAGGGAUGUUUUGUUUUUAGAAGAAAACUAUCCAUACAGAUAGGUUGGGAAUGGUCUAUGUUCAAAAUGAAAGAUCAUUACAGGCUCUUUAAUAUAAGCCAUAAAAGACCUUAUUGCUGUAGAUAGCGUAUUGUGUGACGUAAUCAGCAGACGACGGACCCCGAGCCGAUCUGGUAGCCGAGCCAAUAUGGUACUUACACCGGACCUGAUCCAUGGACCAGGCGUGAGCGAGAGUAACGUGCCUGCGCACGCGCCUGUGACUGUGCGGUUAAGAUGGUAUGGUCCAAUAUAGUGGUGUCUGAAAUGAAACGUAUUUACAGGGCAGAAGGAUAUAUAUACAUGUUUUGAGCCUCUUGAAAUGUUUUUCAUUACCUAUUUUUUCAACCUUUAAAAAAUAAUUGUUUUUGUUUAUUUUGAGGGGGGACAAAUCUACCUUUUCUAAAUAUUGCCAUAUUAUUUGCCAUAUUUUGCACUGUCACAGCCAUUAUCAAAAAUUGAAACUCCUAACUGAGCAUGAGAAAUGUUUUUGAAACUCACAUCCUCACUGUCUAAGGGCAACUCUCCCACUCUUUACACCCAUUUAGUGUCUGCCUUUGUACCGAGGCACGGAUAGAAGUGUAAACUAGAGAAGAUAAGCCUACUCCAGGUACAUAGAAAGAACAGACCCAUGACCCGUUUUAUGAGUGGCUUGUUUGUCCUAAAAGGACCCCUAAAUAGGAUACAGGAGUUAUACAAACCGUUCUGAUUCAUGGCUUCUGUUAAAUAGUUAUACUCUUUUCAGUGCAUGCCAUCUAUUAAUAUGAAUCUACAAGCUAAAUAUGGAUAGGUCAUGAUUAGAUGUGUACUCUUGGUGGGGUUGACUUUCCCCUCCACGUUGACCCACGUGCCAACAUCAGCUCCCAUUAAUUAAAUCCAGAAUGUCCCCAUCGAUUACCUAUUGGACAAUGUUCCGUAGAUCUGCCGCCGUGCCCUCUGCUACCAUCGAUCAAUAGGAGGGGGAGGUGACUCGCGUGUCAUUGGUAGUUAUUUAUUUCAUGUGUUUGUAACUAUAUUAAAUAUGGAUCAAACCUAGUAAGGCAACGAUUCCGUUUAUGGUCAGAGACUGACCAGUGGUGAAGAAACCUUUGGAUUUAUUCCAGAUUCGCCCACUGGCGGCUUUCCCUGUCACGCUUCUGUAGGAAGAAACCCUGUUGCUACUCCUCCCCGAGUGAGGCUGAUGAGAUAGCCCAUGGUUUCUCUGCUGACACCCAGCUCUUCUCUUAGUUCUUUAUGUACCUGGGAUUGAUAGCUAGUUAUUUGUGAAGAUGUGUACUUUUUCCCCCUCUUUGGAUAUUCAAAGCUGUGGUCGCCAUGGGAGGAUUUAGGCCAGUGUUGCUGUUUUUAACUCUGGUUCUGCUGGUGAAACAAAGUUCUACUUUUGAGCUGCAGGACACCAUCCAUGCUCUGAUAGAAGAGAACAUCCACCUUCACGACCAGCUGGAGAACCUCACUCAAGCCCUCAGAGAGCUCAAGAGAAUGCUGUGGCACCACUCGAAUGAUGAGAAUCACCAUAACGACCACCAUAGCGACCACCAUAGCGACCACCAUAGCGACCCCCAUAGCGACAACCAUAAUGAGGAUGCUCGAAGUAUGUGGAAUGAAUGGUCAGCACAUGGCAUAAGUGAAGAAACCCAUCUUCUGUUGGAGCAUGCUCUGUGUGGACAUGACCCCCACAACUCUGGAAGCUUCCAUGUCCCUACCCCCUCCCUGCUCCUCCUGGCCCUACUGAACAUUACCCUGCUGAUGUCUGGCUCUAUUUAGGCUACACUAGCCUGCCUCACAAUUGUAUAAAUGUACAUGGAGGUGAUAUAGUAGAUCUAUAUUGACUGCCUGUAACAUUGCUCUUGCUGAAAUUAUGUUGAUACUCAGCCAUAAAAGCUGAGAGUGACUGCUGUGAGUAUAUCGAGAUAUAGGUUGGUAUGUUUUAAAAUCCUUUCAUUCAUAGGACCCAUCCAGUCCUUUUUUUUUUUUUCGUUAAGUGGUUAUUGAUUGGUCUAGAUUGGCUUGACUUGUUCAUGUGCUGUGAAAAGAUUCUAUGGAAAAUCCAGUGUGGUGGAACGGAGAGUCGAUUGUAGCGUCGCAGAGCUGAGGUAGGGCACAACCAGAAACCUGGGGGAUAUAAUGGGGCGUAUUUAAUGCAUUAAAUAUGGGCUCAGAAUGUUGAUAUUA